AUGAUUGGAAAAACUCUACCAGAGUAUAUCUUCAUCAGAGCUUCCAUCUUUCUCCUUCGUGCUAUUGCACCAGUUAGCCUGUUAUACCUGCCCUGGAGUUUACUGUGGCAAAGAAAUCUUCAGUUCUCCUGGCUGACGUCUUAUGCUGUGGUUGAGUCCUUGUUCUUCACACUCGUGUAUCUCCCUAGACGCCAUGUGCUUCAAAAAGCGACUGGCCAUCCUCCAGUGUUAAGUCGCGAGAAACGAGAAGAGCUCUUUCGAAGGUGUUCUGGCUACAUUGCUGGCAUGGGCUAUCCCACCGGCUGGUUCACGUCACCUGCCUUUCGGAAGGACAAUGUCAUGGAUUGGAUCCUCUGGGCCUUGUUUUCCACCACACCCGAUGGUUAUUCAGACGAGUGGAAAGAAGAGAUGGCGCAAUACAUCAUUACCGUAGAACAAGUCUUGGGCAAAGAACUAGAAACAGGUUACAACAAAGAAGCUCGGUGCAUGAGACUCACACUGGACCCCGUCGAGAUGCUGCAUAGACCUCUGGUUUGGUACCUGAUUGUUUCCUUCGUAGAUCAUAUGACUUUCUUGAAACUGUAUUACCUCGGUUUUCGUCAUUAUAACCCUACAUCUUGGUUCAGGUCUUUCCCACUUCGUGCUUUCACUUUUCUCUCUAGAAAGUCCGUGGACGACAGGCUCUCGUACUGGUACCGCCCUCACAGGUCCAAAACAAAACUACCCAUCCUAUUUCUCCACGGAAUUGGCAUCGGUCUAUAUCCCUAUACCCCCUUUCUCUCCGAACUUGCCUCUCAAGAUCCUGAUGUAGGCAUUUUAGCCAUCGAAUUUCUGCCCAUCAGUACCCGGAUUACAUCACCCCCAUCUUCCCGAUCGACCACCUGCUCCUCAAUAUCCCACAUCCUCGAUUCCCUCAAACUAGAACGCGUCGUAGUCGUGUCGCAUUCCUACGGAACCGUAGUCACCGCUCACAUUCGCGAUCCCGAUAUCUCUCGUGCUCUUUCAAGGCACUUCUUUUGGACCGAAAAUGUCCUUUGGAAAGAAGAUAUGAAGGACAGAAGUGUAGGUGUAGUUCUAAGCGGCGGUGACCAGAUUGUGGAUGCGGAAGAGGUUAGGAAGUAUUUAACAGGCGAAGACAGUCCAACUGGCCAUUGGGCUGGCGACAACUUGGAUGUUCUCUUUUAUCCCGAUUUAGACCAUUCCACCGUUUUCGAUACUAGGGAACGGCGGAGACCUCUACUGAGCCUACUUCACAGGUACAUU